CGGAGCAGACGGGUUCGCAGACGACGGCGCGUGCGAAAGCAGACGACGGGAAGGGGUGAGGAGCAGUGGGACCGUCUGCUCGCCGGGGCUGCUGGCCGGGUCGCUUGGUUGGGUGUAGCGGUACGCCGUCUGGAAGAAGGAACGGGGACAGCGGUGCGGUCUAGCUGGUUCGGAAGAAGGUUCGUCUGCUACUUUGGUCGACGGGAUUUACAGGACGACGCGCGAAGAAGAGCGGCGGAGUUGGGAGAGCUACCACAGACGGAAAGUAGUGCUCUUUAGCUGUUUGUUGUCGGAGCGGAAGAAGACGGUAGAGGGUGGGAAACAGCGACGACGACAAGGAGAAGAAAAUAAAAAAUAUAGUGCGGGCGACGGCCGGAGCAGACGACGCACUGUGUGGAUUGGAGAUUUUUAAAGAUGGCGGAGGAGCGACCAAGUCUGCUGUGAGGGGGAGUGAACGGAGAACAGAUUUGCUUGCUUCGAAACCUCAAGACAAGACGCAGGUGUUUGGAGGAGGCGAGGAAGAAAAAGAGGACAAGCGACGGUGCUGAAGACUCCAGGAGAAGCAGCCAUGUAAUUCGUCUGCGUUUUGUUGUGAAGACAGUCUAGCGGAAAUAUCACGUCAACCAGAAACGAUUUUUGCGAGGCUUUCUGCCGUUACCCUGAACCACGUCGUGCUGGGGGACGGUGACUUGACUGUUCGGUCCUGGGAUAAUUCGGCCGAUUCUGCCUGGAGAGGUGCUUGGAGUUGUUUUGACGAGGCAGUCUUGAUGCCGGCGGGGUUCAUGAUGGAUAUCUCCCGCCAUUCCUCCUCCAGUGAGCUAGGGGGGCAGCUUCUGUCUCAAGGGGAGCAGGAGCUGGCCACCAAGAUGCUGCAGAUUCAGUCCAAGAGGUUCUACCUGGACGUCAAGCAAAACAGGAGAGGGCGCUUCAUCAAGGUGGCAGAAGUACAACAGGUUGGGGUAGUGGGUAGGAAAAGUAGGCUGCUACUAGCCAUGUCCACAGCAGCAGAGUUCAGGGACCACCUGACGUCCUUCAGCGAACUCUACGCCUCCCUCGGGCCUCCGAACCCGGAAAACCUCCCGGAGGACGGCAAGCUCAAGAGUGAAAUCAUGAUAAAGGACAAUAGGCGCUACUACCUGGACCUCAAGGAAAACUCUAGGGGACGCUUUCUAAGGGUUUCUCAGACGAUAGCACGAGGGGGUCCUAGGUCCCAGAUUGCCAUCCCCGCACAGGGUAUGAUCGAGUUCCGUGACGCCCUCACAGAUUUGCUAGAGGAGUUUGGCACGGACGACGGAGCCUUCAAGGGGGAACUACCCGAAGGGCGCCACAUGCGCGUAGAAAACAAGACAUUUUACUUCGACAUUGGGCAGAAUACCAGAGGCAUCUAUAUGCGCAUUUCAGAGGUGAAGAACAACUUCAGAGCAGCCAUCACCAUUCCAGAGAAGUCGUGGUCGCGCUUCAGGGACUCUUUCUCGGACUACGUGGAGAAGAUGAAGGAGCUGACGGAGAAGUCUGCGGCGGAAGGCGGCAAGUGAGAGUCGGCCCCUCCUCGAGGCGGGCCCCCCUCGCUCCCCUUCCCCGCCAGAGAGUGACCGCGAGUGAGCAGAAAGUGAGACGGGCUUCGGAGAACACAGGGACGCGAAGGCCCGGUCAAGCAGGAGUGGUCGGAAGGGAGUGGCCGGGGAAAUGCCGGCGGCCGAGGGCUCCUGCGAACGGCGGCCGGCGAGGACGAACUCACGACUUCGUGGUCUGCGCUCCGCGUGCUAGAGAAAGGGACUGGAGUGGAAAAAAAAAAUGAACGAACCCAGUGUGAAACUAAGGUGAACUUGAAACUUUUUUUUUUUGUUUUACUUCCAUUUUUUUUUUGUUUCUCCCGUUUUUGUCUGCAACCGGUGUUUCUUCAUUUUCGGGUUUGGCUGGAGGGCAAGUCUUGCCGUGGCUUUUGCGUCUGUCAGAACUUUUUUUUUUUUCUGCGCUUUUUCCGGAAGAUUGGAAAGCGUCUUUGACGCCCUCUUUCCUUCCUGCGUGAAUCCCCUAAAGACAAAGCCUAGCAACUGUCCUCCAGUUUUCUCGUUUUUUUUUUUUUUGCGUUUUCAAGUCUCCCACAGAGAAAGACGUGCAGGGAGAGCUGCCCUACGAGAAAGAGAACGAGAAAGUCAAGACCAGUGUGAUAGCAGCAGACAAAUCCGAGAGAAGCGUCGAAUGAAUGGUAAAGGAAGAGUGGGAGUGAAGAGUGAUGGAACCGCACCUCCGUGCGGUUUCCGAGUGGAAGGCACAGCUAGGAAAGUAAUUUCAAAGGUGGGCAUCGCGGUCGGCGCGCCUCGGCACUUUGUACGGUCUAGCGCGGGCGGUUUCCGUGCUGUUGCAAUGAAAAGGGAGGGGCUGCGUGCAAUGGGGUGUGAGGAAGGUGCGAUGGAGGGUGAGGAGUGUGAUGGAACAUGGUGAGAUUGUGAAGAGGAUGAUGAGUGGUGGAGUGCGAGGAGAGGGUAACUCGAUGCUCGGACCGUGUGAAGUGCCGAGGCGGUUCGGCCGUGGUGCCGUUGUUUGUCACGGUCCUCCCUCGAAGCGGGAAGACCGUGUUGGUUUGUUGCAAGUUUGUACAGAGUCGGUUGUUGAUCGUUGGAGAAUGCGAGUCACGGGCUGUUGGAUCCCGGAUGGGAAAAGGGUUGGCUGGGUCGCACACCGUUGCGACCCGCGUUGUUGGAGUGGUGCGAGCUUUACAAGUCCCACCUGGUUUGGCGUUCGGUUCUUUCUCGUCAACGUGUCUUCGGAAUGCGGCUGUUACGAGGCUGUCCGUUUUGUUUUUGUGCCCGGGGCUUGGGAAGGAGCGGGACGCAUGACGUCCCUGUAAGGGAGGGGCUUUUCGCGAGGGGUUCGUGAGCUGGGUAGAUUGGGUCAUCCUUCCACUCUUGUUUGGGUGAGCGCUUGUUUCCUUGAACGAACCAUGGCAAUGUUUUUUCGCAUCGUCGCGAGUCGAAUUCAAAAACGAGGCUUUAUGCGGCGCGUGUGGUGAACGGCACCCGCGAUUUUUUUCGUCGUUCGAUUUGUGGUUGAUCCCGGUUUGUGUAUAGUUGGAAGCGCAACUUUUUGGCCCAUCUCCCGCGAGAAAAGACUUUUUUUGUUUCCUUUCCUUUGUUCGGAACAUGCUAUUCAAAGAAUUUGCUAGCUUUUUUGACGAGAAUGUAUGGCCGUCGCCGGAACAGAGACUUUUAGGGACUUUUCAGUUAUUGCUCCGCACCCGAAAAGGAUUUUCUAUUGUUGAGCUUUUUUGAGCUUGGUACAGAGUAUUCCGCAGCUUUUUUGGCACUCUUUCUUGUUUUUAAUUUUUGUUCCAAAGUAGGAGUUACGAAACUGUUAUGGGGAGAGUUUUUUUUUUUCAGUGUUGACUGCCGUGAAAGAGAGAGAGAGAGUGAAAGUUGGAAAGGAUAUAUGCGUUAUAUUCACUUUAGCGUCUACGAAAGGAACCGCAAGGCAAUCCUUCAUGGUCGACUUUAAAGCGAGCAAUGUUGCAUAUGCAGUGGUUUGGGGCACCGUGAUGACGUGUCGUAGCGGUCGCUGUGUCGGUGAGCCGCUGCGAUUCGCUUGUCCCGGUGACGUCGCUGAGGUGUUUGGGGUGGCGACCUAGGUGUUUCAAUUCAGGAAUUGUGUGUACAAAGCUUCAUCCGGCUUGCUAGGCACCUCUAUUGGCCUCAACAACGCUGAGGGUCCGCUGAGGAAUUUUCUAGGGAAGCCUUUUCUGAUAUUGGUUGUAAUUGUCUUUUCAACAUUCUUAAAGAAAAAGGGGGGGGGGGGGGGGGGGUAUCAAUUUUUCGAAGGUACAAGCUGGGCUGAGCUUGGUUAUGGAGUGUCGAAUAGCUGGAAACCCUCUUCGCAUAAACACUGCCACUGAAUGCAACGGAAGAUGUAAACAAUGUGCAGGUUGCCCCCAUUCUUCUUCUUCUUUGUUGUUUUUUUGCGCCGCUAUUCACGUUUUUUGCUUCGAGAAGGAACUCUACCGGUGAAACUUUCUGUGAUUUCCUGUGCUGCUUUGCUGUGCUCUCUUAGUGACCCGUGCGCACGGUAACGUCGGUGACGCAAUUUCCCGGUGACCGGAUUUUAUUGUAGACGUUGCUGAGACGAUUUGGAGGCUUGUCAUCCCUUUUCCACACUCGGUAUUUGCGUUGCCCACCACAUUGUUUUUGUUUUCCCCCUUGCAAACAUGUUCGAAGCAUUUUCUCGUGGGCAGUCUUUAUUUUUUUCAUGCAUCGUUUACAUAAAUUUUUUUAUUUAUGGUUUUCUUUUGUACAUACAAAUGUGUGUGAGUCUCAUCUUGUUAGCGCAGUGUUAGGACUGGGGGGAUAAAGCAGAAACGAAACCGAGAGUGGAAAUGUUGGCUUGGAAAGAGAAGUGGCUUCGUUGGCUUUGGCUGGCUUUGGCUGGUUUCUUACCGUCUGUAUUUUGUCUCCGUGCAAUGAGAGCAGUCGUCGGUCAUCGGAGGCGACUUUGAGGCAAUUUGUCGACGGGCCCGGAUUUUCAUGGUGCUUUUUUCGGUUUUUCUGUUUUUGUGCACGGCGGCUGCGCCGCCUCUGGUGUGCCCCGACGACAAGCCGGAAUGGUUUCGGAGCUGUUUUGUGUGUGAAGUGCUUCGUCUGCUGUGGCGCUGUUCUGCAAGCCUAGUUUGUGUGUGACAAACCGGUUUCGGCCGUUCUUACCAAGACGCGCGAAGGUGCCGAAGGUUUCUUCAAAGCGAUCGCGUGCCGCACUACGAGAAGACUCUUCGGUCAAAAACACUCCCUCCAACAAAAUCAAAAGCUGCACGGCGUCGACCGUUUUCGAGGUCCGCGCACGACGACAUUCCUCGAGCUGGCAAGGGUUCGAGACGUCGCCGACGAAACACCCAACAAAGGGUGACAUCUCUCAUCGAGGCGUGAAUGUUGUUUCUAGCGUGAGUGUUUGUCCGUCUUCAUAACGGGAGUGCUGCCGUCUCUAUACAAUCAAAGUACACGCCGCAGUAACCCGUCUUCUGUAACUCCUACCGUCGUCCUUGCCACUCACUCAUACGAGCGCGUGCACAAAAAAAAAAAAAAAGUUUAAACGACGCAGUUUUUUCUUGCUUGUUUUGGUUUUGGAAAACGCACUUCAGUGUUUGUUCCCGAGCUUCCUCGGCCCUCUGUCCCGACUGACAACUUAAACAAAGCUGUACUGUGAUAUUAGGACACUUCGUCUCCGAGAGAUCGGAAGUUUCCCAAGCUGGGGUCGCGUCUCUCGGGGAUAAGCGAGCGUACCUUCUAAUCAAGCUCUGUGCACAUCCGUCGUUGGCGUUGCGUUUUCCGAAGCCCUCCGGUUUCCUCGGUACACCCGCAUUCCCGGCAAACGUUCUAAACAUUGGAAGCCGUCAGAAACAAUUCCGUCAUCGCACGUUGGCCCCCUCACGUCGAUUUGAGCGCCCUCGGUUCGGCAUGUAGGGCAUUGUCGCGGUGGUAGUUUUCCUUUCUUCACUGCGCACAAGAAUUUCGGUUCUGCUUUAGACCGUUCUGUUGUUCAUUGCUCCCUGUUUCCCGUUUGUGCAAAAAACGUGUUUGUAACAUGCGGCAACACCCCGACCUGCAGCUUGGUACUGGAUCACAAUUUCGUCAUUUCAAGUAGGUUUUAGUUGUGUUUUAUUAAGAAACCGGUGAAUUUUGUGGCAAUGAUUUUUCGGAUAUCAUGGUGUGUUGGUAGAAUGUAGAGACUAGCUGAUGCCACUUUAAAUAUGUCUUUUUAUGUGGAUGCAAACAUUGUUGUUUAUUUGGCCUGGCCUUUACAAAGUAUUAAUGGGAGGGGAAGCCCAAUUGGUAUCGUUAGAUAUGACCUAGUCGUUACUCAACUUAAACUUCCGAGGCAUCAAGCCAAUCCCGAUUCUCACAUGACGCUCAAACUUUCUUCUUACACUUGGUCUUUGCGUACAGCAACCUAUUUUGCUUCGGAGUAGCUUUACGUGUCUCGAACGACCGCAGAAACCACCACUGUAUCCCCUAGCACUUGUCUGUCGUCCCCUUUGACUUGGUUACAACACUCAAUAGAUUUUUGGUAACAUUGUGGCCUCGCGAUUUUAAUUAAUUUCCUUCGACAUGUGCGAAAACGUUGUGCUUUGUUAUAUUUGCAUGUGUGUGUGUGUGUGCACUCACCUGUCCAUUGAUGUGUGUACGUGCUUGCGAGCAUGCAGCCCGAGAAAAUCCGUAUAUUUUGGAAACUGGUUUCCGAGCAAGAAUAGUAAUUUUUUCAUUUUUUGUAAGAUAGUGCCACAGCAGCAGAAAGAACUUGUGAAUGCGUGUCUGUUUAGGACGGUAUGGCUUGGGAAUGGUUGGUAGGCCUUCUGGAGACGGAAGGACUUUGCGAUUUGUCGUGGUGACAACCGACGACGUUGCCCGUUUUAAGUACGGUGUCACGGCUGGCACGUGUUUUCUUGCCUUACGUUCGAAUUGAAGGACCAAGCUCGAAAACGGAAGCGAAGAAGAAAAAGAAAAGACCUUCACGACGUCCCCAGAGUCGAGGCCCCCAAAAAGAAAGCAUUGUGUUCCGACCCGACAAGAGACUGCACGCGAUUGCUUUCGACGGUUGCUGCCGUGUUUUGUUGGAAGUCAAAGAAAAAUCUACGGACACUGCUUUUUGCCAACGGGGGUGGGGGGAGUCUUCCUGUGGUGAGAGAGAGCGAUACAAAACGAAGCAUGGGAGGUCAACCACUUUGCAAGAGACUCUGGUGUAUUAUUACCUGUGGACGUUCCUGCUUCGAAAGGAAGAAAAAAAAAAAUCCCUGUACAUAUAUACUGACUUAGGUGAAGCAAAGGAAACUGUUGGCCGCACUUUUGCAGCCGACGGAGCUUGUGUGAUGAUGUGCUCUUCUCACUUUGUUUUUCUUCUUCCUCCGAGAUGUCGUUUGUACUGCCUCAGCUGUGAAUUGCCAAGGCCUGUAUUGUUUGUACCUAGUAAGAAGAAUCUUCGUGUUUUAUAGAAAGGACAGUGUGACCGGAAGAGCAAUUCUCUCCAAUCUUUUUUUUUUUUUUUCGUGAUUGUUUAAUUUGUGUUGCGAGACACGCUGUAAGAAAAACACAAGAAGGGAGGCGGAAAACGGGCGUAUAUAUUUUUUUCCCGCUAAGUGCACCGCGCGAGUUUGUCCCUCGGUUUGAUCCUGAAAACGAUGAAUGUUAGGGAUUUUUUUCUUUAUUAUUAUUAAGUCUGUAGCAUGUCUUCGAAAAGGUGGUAUUGCCUGUCUCAGCCGAGUUUUCUGUCGUCCGAUUUUUCCGACGAGUUUAUCGACCUUGAGCUCCCAACAAUUUAAAGUCCUACGCUCUCGUGGUCAAUUUUUUUUUUGUAUUUUUUUUUGCAGGAGAUGGUUUGGAAAAGCUGUAAUAAACACGACCCGUGUAUUUGUGUGUCGAAACAACAGCAGCAGCGACAAACAAAUCGACUCUGAAAACGGCUUAGAGCUCUGUCAAAACAACCGAUUACGGGGAACUGUGAACCGACGGUAUGUGGUUCUGUCUCUGGGUUAACUGUAGAAAAGAAGCAAUGCUGUUGAAUUUACAUAAAUAAAGAGGGACUUCAUUAUAA